AUGGAUAAUUCUCUAUCGCUUUCGGAACCCCGGAUCUUGCAGCUUGAUGACUACGGCUCGCAGGCUAUUGACAACAGGCAGCCUCCAGACAGUCCAUCGCUCAAGCAACCGUCAUCCGGAGGCGUUGCUGAUGUAUCGACAUCUACUUCUUUAUCCUCCCCCUCGUCGCUAACAUCUGGCCGACCUCGUCGCAGACCGAUUCCUCGCAAGGGUCACACCAAAUCAAGGCGGGGAUGCUUCAAUUGCAAGCGUCGUCGCGUCAAAUGCCAGGAAACAACACCGUGUUGUGAUAACUGCAAUCGUCUUGGUCUUAGAUGCGAAUAUCCUCAGACUUCAGAUAAGGCGCUGGUAACCUUGUUUUCACCCCAACCUGCGCAGCCAAUAUCUCAAGCGCAAUUUUCUAUGAUUGAUUUACGCUUCUUCCACCACUUUCUCCUUCAUGCGUAUCCUGGUCUUCCUAUUCAAGGCGAAGAGGUAUGGAAAGAAGUUGCCAAGUAUUCUCAUGGCUUCGACUUCUUGGCCCACGCAAUGCUUGCUGUUGGAGCUUCGCAUCUCGGCCUCUGCAAUGGCACUGACUACAACUCAGACGCCAUAUCGCAUCGCGUUAAAGCAAUCAAGUCGCUCAAUUCCGCUCUGAGUACCUCAUGUCAGACCAAGGAAGAGGGUGAUGCUCGAUACGCGACCCUCAUGGCUCUAACAUGGCAGUCCUCCUACAUGGCUGAUGGGAUGCAAGAGUUCCUGUCCAUGCUUCGCGGUUGUACUAUCGUUUUCAAAAGCUCAAUUUUUCAAUUUGAGAACUCCAUAUUUCGCAUGUUCUCAACAGAAGCGCACGUACAGCGCGUGAAUGCUAUCAACAACGGAUUCGACAUAGGCCUAUCUGAUCAUGAAGCCAUUGACGCUGGUAUUGCAUCCCUAAAGGCUAUUGCGCCUCUGGGUCAAAGCACGCUGGAAAUCAGCCUCGUCGCAAAUCUUCAGGGCAUCCUUGAGAUGUCGCGGACUACUUGCGUUGGCGCUUUUGGGACCAUUUGUCGCGCAUACCAAUUAUUUGGAGCGGCCAGCGCUUCUGACUACCUCACAAUUUCCGAUCCCGAGAAUCACGUUGCCCAAAUAAUUAUGUCCCAUUUCUUCGCCAUUGAGUAUGUGCUUGCCUCGAUUGCUCUGGCACCAGUAUCGCCAUCCUUCCCCUUCCGCAAGACUAUCAUUACAGCCUGGCUACAACGCGUUAAACAACAGGUCCCUGCAAUUUAUGAAACAUAUACAAGGUGGCCGCUUGAGUUUACUUCAAAGGCAAAAACUAAUUGGGGGUAA